AUGAACCAGGGACAUCGGCCGCCACAUCAUAUAGACCACAAACAUCGUUCAGGGGACAAUAUCGCCAAGGUCAAGGAUACUCGACUGAAUAUGGACCGGAAACCACAAGUGGUGGGCAGUAUCACUAUAUGCACUCGACACACUCGAAUUAUAGACCAGAAGCCUCGACCACUGAAUACGGCUGUUCCAGACAGGCAAGACAAUACUGUUUAUACUGAUGCGUUAUCACCAACUGACACAAAUGCAACAGAUACGUCUCAGGGUUCUGAAUUACUAGAAUUAUUUACUACACAGGACAACUUGAACUAG